CCCUCUGCUGGGAUGUGUGGCACGAGCUAGGCACGCAGGCCCCACGGAGACACGGAGAGAGCACGCCGUCUCCCGCCUGGGAGGCUCCUUGGAGGCCAGAUGCCUGUGAACGACACGGCCCUGUCGCUGACCACCAUCACCUACAUCACCGUGGAGAUCUUCAUCGGGCUCUGUGCCAUCGUGGGCAAUGUGCUGGUCAUCUGGGUGGUCAAGCUGAACCCCAGCCUGCAGACGACCACCUUCUAUUUCAUCGUCUCCCUGGCCCUGGCUGACAUCGCCGUUGGGGUGCUGGUCAUGCCUUUGGCUGUCGUCAUCAGCCUGGGCAUCAGGAUCCACUUCUACAGCUGUCUGCUCAUGACCUGCCUGCUGCUGAUCUUCACGCACGCCUCCAUCAUGUCCUUGCUGGCCAUCGCCGUGGACAGGUACCUGCGGGUCAAACUCACCAUCAGAUACAGGAGGGUCACUACUCAAAGAAGAAUAUGGUUGGCCCUGGGUCUCUGCUGGCUGGUGUCCUUCCUGGUGGGCCUGACGCCCAUGUUUGGCUGGCACAGGAAGCAGACCACAGAGGACGGCAGAAAUAACACCUUCCUUCCCUGCAAGUUCCGCACAGUCAUGAGGAUGGACUACAUGGUCUACUUCAGCUUCUUCACUUGGAUUUUCAUCCCCCUGCUCAUCAUGUGUGCCAUCUAUCUCGACAUCUUCUAUAUCAUCCGGAACAGACUCAGUCAGAAGUUUUCAAAUUCCAAAGAGUCGGGUGCAUUUUACGGACGGGAGUUCAAGACUGCCAAGUCCCUGUUUCUGGUUCUCUUCUUGUUUGCACUGUCCUGGCUGCCCAUAUCAAUCAUCAACUGUAUCCUCUACUUUAAGGGCGAAGUGCCAGAAGUUGUGCAAAACCUGGGCAUCCUGCUGUCCCAUGCCAACUCCAUGAUGAACCCCAUCAUCUAUGCCUAUAAAAUAAGGAAGUUCAAGGAAACCUAUCUCUUGAUCUUCAGAACCUGCAUGAACUGUCAGUCCACCGAGCCCCUGGAGUCAAGCAGUAGGUAUUCUUCUGAGUAGUUCCCCACAGACUCUCCACCCCCAACCUGCAGGUGCAGCACCAGCAGACACUUGGAGGAAUUGUCCUCCUGGGCCAAAGACUUUCACUCCCUUGAUUCCUUCAAUUAAGGUGGGGAGCAUGUGGCCAGCUGCCUUCCCCCCACUCUAUCCUUUUCCUCAUCCUCUGAUCAGUUUUUUUCCUUCCCCAACUCUACUGUCUGCAUGCUUGACCUGAGGACAGUAGCCUGUUGUUCCUGCUGUCUGUGUUCCUCUGUCCCAGAGAGGAGAAGUCUUGGAGUUGCCUCAGGACUGACCCACGAAGGUCCCCAUCGGGCUGACAUGUUGUGAAGGUGACGGGUUCCACUGUUGUGAGCAAUAGAGCUCGCUCUCAGCAGGUGUCUUGGGAGAUGAUGGGAACAGAGACUGUGAAAGGACCUUAAUAGGGGAGGGGCUUCAGCUGCUGAAUUCACCUGUAAACGCAUUUGAGUAAA